CCGCCUCUGCCGCCUGGAUGGACCGAGCACAAGGCGCCGACAGGACACACGUACUACUACAAUGCCGAGACGAAGGAGUCGACCUACAAGCGCCCGGGCGUUGCCUCGCCAGCUCCGCCGUCGAUGUACCCGCCUGCCAUGAGCAGCUUCGUGCAGCAUCAGACGUUGCCGCCCAUAAACCUAUCCGAUCCAGCUGUUGCGAACGCUUUCAUGGCCCAAUAUGGCCAGCAUCAGCACGCCCAGCGCGGAGGAUUCGGCCCCGGCGCCCGGGGCGCCUCUCAGUCCCGCCCGCGCCCGCAGCCCGUCGACAAGCCGCGGUCCAAGGUGGCCAUUCCAGGCUGCGAGCCCUGGAUCCUCGUCUACACCAAGUACGGCCGUCGAUUCGUCUACAACCCGGUCAAGAAUGCCAGCUAUUGGCGCAUUCCCGAGAAGCUCAUGCCCGCGAUCCUCGAGCUCGACCAGGCGCGCAUCCGACAGAAGGCCGAGGGGAAAGCGCCGGAGGAGCAGCCCCGGAACGGAGAAGCAGAAGGCACAGCCCAGUCUACAACAGCGCCGGCCGCGGGCGAGGAACAGCGCGCCGAGGCUGCGCACGACUACGACAGCUCCGAGUACGAAGAGGUCGAAGUGACGGACGACGAGGAGGUUGGAGACGCAGAUGGAAACGACCAGGAAGACCGCGGCGCGAAACGCCAACGGACGGAAGAGCCAGCCGCGGACGACGGACCGGCCGAGUUCACCGAGGCGGAUAUCGCCGCGCAGCUCGCCGCCAUGGGCGCCGAAUACGAGGACGCCGAGAUGGGCGAGGGCGGCGGGGGCGAAGCCUGGGAGGAAGGGGACGAAGGGCUUCCGCUGUCGGACGAGGACGCGCGCGAGCUCUUCAAGGACCUGCUCAACGACUUCAACAUCAACCCCUACAGCCCCUGGGAGAAGCUGCUCGAGGAAGGCAAGAUCUUCGACGACGCGCGGUACACCGUGCUGCCCACCACCAAAGCGCGCAGGGAGGUCUGGGAGGAGUGGUCGCGCGCCAAGAUCCAGGAGCUCAAGGAGCGGCGGGCGCGGGAGGAGAAGAAGGACCCGCGGAUACCCUACCUGGCGUUCCUGCAGGAGAAGGCGACGCCGAAGCUGUACUGGCCCGAGUUCCGGCGCAAGUACAAGAAGGAACCCCCGAUGCGGGACCCCGGGUUGUCCGACAAGGACCGCGAGCGGUGGUACCGCGAGCACAUCAACCGGCUGAAGCUGCCGCAGGCGACGCUAAAGGCCGACCUGAAGAAGCUGCUCGAGUCGGUCCCGCCCUCCGCGCUGCACCGGCACACCGCCGUCUCGCACCUGCCGCCGCAGGUGCUCUCCGACAUCCGGUACAUCUCGCUGCACCCGUCGGUGCGCGACCCGUUCAUCGAGGGGUACAUCCAAGGUCUCCCGCCGCCCGAGGCUGCGGCAGGCGAGGGGGACGACGAUGACGAAGACGACGCUGCGCGGAAGAAGGCGCGCGAGGAGCGCCGCAAGCGGGAGCGGGCGCUCGAGGAGCGCGAGCGGGCGGUGGCGGAGGAGAAGCGGCGGCAGGAGAAGCGGCUGCAGUACGAGCGGGCGAGGCUGCGCGACGAGGAGAGGGAGCUGGAACGGGCGAUGCAGGUCAGCAAGAAGGGCCUGCAGAGCCAGCUG